UUACAUUUUACAUUCUUGCAUAGCAAAUGUAAGGUACCUUAAAUAAUACUAAGAUUCUUUCAACACUACCGUCAACAAGAAAAUGCUGAUAAUAGCUUGGUUGGUUUUAAAUGUUGUGAAAAUUAACACAAUAUUUUACAAACAGAAAAAUUCGAAAUUACUGCGGCGAUAUAGUUAAUUCUGUGCAAAACCAUUGGCAGACAGACACCUGCUAAACAGCAUGCUGUUUAACAAAAACAGUAACAGUAUAUCGAGGCAUACACAUUACACACCGCGUGUAAUUUCUAAACUAGGUUUUAUGGUCUGUCUCCUCAGACAUGUAUCUAUUAUGUCAACAGAUUCUUUUUUGAAAGGUUUAGUGUCAGAGCUAUGAUGAACAAAGCGGUCAUAUAAGAUAAAGAAGACAAGGAAGAACACUUCGAUUCAUUUCCUGUUCUACAUUUUUGCACUGCAAAACAAUGGAUGCAUCACUCCUUAUCAUUUUCUGCUCCUGUUUUUAUAUGUCCUUCAGUAAAACAGAGAACUGUAUAGAGAUGCGUGGACAAGAAACAUAUGAUGCCAGGGAUGGAGAAGUUGUCAGGCUUGAAUGCCAUAUAUACGAAUUGAGUGAUAAUUAUGAUUUCAACUUGACAUGGUACAAAAAUGACAAUCAAACAAUCGAUGGAAUAGGACAAAAAAUUGUAGAACAGAGAAAUGCACUGUGGUUUUUACCAGCAUCCCUCUCGGACUCUGGAAAUUAUAUAUGUGAAGUAAGAUUCUCAACAUCCUGCUACAAGUUAGAAAUGGGCCUGUCUGUGAGGGCCCAGGGCUUCUAUAUUAAUAACUUGGAUAUAAUGGAAUACUCACAACCUGCUGUUAUCCCUUGCUACAUACUGCAGUAUGUUGUCGAUUUAGACAAGAACCCAGACGUUAAGUGGUUUAAGAACUUUGAACCUAUUCAAGUAAACGGAAAAAAAAUUAAAAGGAUUGAAAAUACGCUUCGCAUAUCGGAUAUGAAUCACAGUGAUGCUGGAAAUUACACCUGUCAAAUAACCUUUACAUACAAGGGGAAAAGGUAUACUACGUCAAGUAAUACUGAGAUAAGACUUGAAGAUCCAAAAGAGCCAUUAACACCACACGUGAUAUAUCCACAAAACGAAACUCUUCAAGUAGAACACGGUUCAGAAAAAAUCUUAACUUGCAGAGUAUUCAUAGGAAUUGGUGAAUACUUAGAGCCAAUCAUAUACUGGACUGUAAAUAAUACACACCCUGAGAUGUACAAUGAAAUUAAACAGCUACCAGGCAUAACGAAAAAGGAAAACGAUACAUAUUAUGCUGAUAUAGAACUGGUAAUUUCAGAAGUGACAUCUGACUUGUAUGAAAUACCCUUCAAAUGUAUUGCUAUAAAUGCAGCUGGAAUAGAUGUUGGACAUUUACGACUGCAGCCAGCAAAAGACAGGAAUUGGCACCUGCUUUUCACUGUGCUUGCACUAUCUGUUCUGGUAAUACUGGGUGUAGUAAUAUAUACGUUUUUCAAGAUUGAUAUUGUCCUUUUCUACCGGGAAAUAUGGAACAGAACCCGAACAGCAAAUGUUUCAGGUGGGAAGCUCUAUGAUGCAUAUGUGAUUUAUCCCAAAAUUGACACAUUGAGUUCAACAAGAAGGGUUGAAACAUUUGCACUGCAGAUACUUCCUGACGUGUUAGAGAAGAGAUAUGGAUACAAAUUGUUUAUCUUUGAAAGAGAUCAAUUACCUGGGGAAGCAGCAGUUCACAACGUUAUUGACGAGACCAUUAGAAAAAGCAAAAGGCUAAUCAUAAUCCUUACUCCUACAUGCUUCUGGGAUGAUCACUGGCAGACCACAUUUGAACAGCAGAUUGGAUUAUACGAUGCUCUGAUACGGGAUGAAAUCAAAGUGAUUCUCAUCGAGAUGGAAAGGGAGAUCAAUUACUCAGAGCUUCCCGAAUCAGUCAGAUAUAUAAAACAAAAGCAAGGAGCCUUAAGGUGGAAAGGACACCGCAAGAAACGUGUGCCACAUAAUGCAAGGUUCUGGAAACAAUUAAGAUAUCGUAUGCCCUGUGAGCGAACCUACACAAGUCCUUUUUUUACCUGAAGUCUGUUGUGACAGAUAGACACAGAUGUGAUUUUAAAUUUUAGUUUCAUUGGUACCAAACUCACUAACCAUCAUUGUUGGAGAGACGCUGUGAGAGGACGGUUUAUCAGAGGCCUGAGAGUGGGGUGGAGACUGCAAAAAAAAAAAAAGAAAAUAUCUUUGACAUAUUUGAAAAUAUCUUUAAUUAGGCUCUGCACAUGGGGGUCUGUGUCAAAUAUUUCAAGGGUGUAGACCAGCCUUGCCCAGGACGCUACGCCACAAGGUGCUAACAAAAAUAAAUGCAGUCCAUUAAUUAAGCACUUGAUUAGGCCAUGCCAUUGACCUGUCCAAUCAGUACCUAAUCACAUCCUUCUACAAUGACAUAAAUUAAGCUCUACAACAGACUAAACAAGAUUGCAUGACCAUGCGGUAAGGCUUGUCUUAAUGCACAGCUGUGACAUCAUAAACCAACACACUUAACUGAUCUAUUAAUAUCACUAUGCCUUAAUAAUAAUUCAUAAGGAGUGCAUUCCACAAAGUAAUCUUGACCUUUUUGGAAGUGUGUGACAGAAAAACCAUCACUGUUUAAAAUAAACAAAAGUUUACCCAUAAGAGGGGUUAAAUGUGUUAUUGUUUUAAGUGUUGAGUGUAUUUUUGUACAAAAUUACAUAGGUUGAGUGUUUACAUAAAAUGAGCAAAAUGUAACCAUUAAACAUUCUGUGUGUUAGUGGGUGGGGUUGAACCGCAUAUAAGCGCAGUGGUUUAGUGGAGGAGAAAGAGAAGGAGCUCAGUUUGUCUGCUCGUUAGGAGCGGUGAGUUGUACAGAAUAAACAUUCUAUUUAUUUACGUAGGCUACCAAUGUUUGAGUGUUUAAUGGUGUCAACUCCUUCACAAAGUGGCUCGUCAGAAUCAACAAAAAACUGUGCAAGUACCUUGAUAUUUCAAACCAAAAACUAGAUGAAAUUGAGGAAAACAAAACUGAAGAGAACACUAGAACACCUUGGCAAUGCAUGUUUUUAACGACUGGCGGAAACAAAAAACAUUAGCCUGGACUUUAAAACUAUGCAUGUUUGCUAGUCUUGUGAUCCUUUGUGCCUUGUUAACAGUUUUAAAAAAAAAUUACAAAAGUGUCCUCCAGGUGCCAAAUCAUUUUACCUUCAUCUCCAGAAUAUAUAUCAAUUUGGUAUUCCCAUGAACCUAUUGGUAUUAAUUACCUUGGAAACUUGAUGUCUCAGAUUUCAUAACAAGCUGGACUUUCAGAACAAUACACAGACCACUCAAUCUGCAGCAGUCUUGUCCAGGUUUACAGUCCAGGGAAAUUAGGAUGGUUACCAGUCAUUGGUUUGAAAACAGCCUCCGAAUUGAGAGAAUUCAGAUUUCUGAAGUCCCAAAUCAAUCAAUACAAAAAUAAAAAUCUGAAUUUUUGCCUAUCACAUGACACUGGCAGUAUUACUAACUUGUAAAUAGACAUGUAAUACUAUUUAAAUGGAGCACAGAGCUUAGCUGAAUUAACUAAGCUACUGUCAUCACAUUCUAAAGUUCCUACUUACCCAUAUAAUGCCUCUUUUCCACUGUAAAACUGAGCCGCGGCGGGGCGUAGAGCCUGGGUUGUUUUUACACAGCAGCCAAGCAGUUCUACUAACGUCACACAAAACACAGUUAUUAUUUAUUGUUGUUGUUUAUUAACUCAGUUUGCUCAAGACGCGCAAACACAUAAUGUUAAAAAGUGAAUAGACCAAUGGUACAGCUGUAUUUUGUAUCACUAUAUUUUGCAAAUAUAUUUAGGAAUGCCUUAUGUAAAUAAGU